UCCAUCGACAAAUCCGCCAUUUUCUAUUCUUUCUCGGUCCCCAUUAUACUCCUACCAGAAUUGUGACUCGUACAACACCUACGCCACCCCAUUUAAUCUUCAACCCUACUGUACUCUGCAGACCUUCUCGCGCGUUCCACUUUCUCGACGUCUAACACCAAACAUGACUACCGAACACGGCUCCGAUAAAGCUCCAGACAUGGAGGUUGUGGAGGAAUGCACAGUGAAGGAGGUCGACUUAACGGUGCCGAAAACAGAUGAUCCGUCGUUACCGGUACUGACAUUCAGAAUGUGGGUUCUUGGUCUGAUCUGCUGCGUGAUUCUCUCGUUUGUGAACCAGUUUUUCUGGUACAGGACGAAUCCGCUGAUGAUUUCGUCGGUGGCCGCUCAGAUUGCGGUUGUUCCGAUUGGUCAUCUGAUGGCUCGGACUCUGCCGACGAGGCAGGUGUUUGAGGGGACUAGGUUCGCUUUCUCGAUGAACCCUGGUCCGUUUAAUAUUAAAGAACACGUCUUGAUCACGAUCUUUGCUAAUGCCGGAGCUGGUACGGUUUAUGCCACGCAUAUAUUGAGUGCCGUUAAGCUUUUGUAUCACCGGAAUCUCAGUCUUUUUCCGGCCUUUCUUGUUAUGAUUACUACCCAGGUUCUUGGCUUUGGUUGGGCUGGUCUCUUUAGGAAAUACCUGGUUGAGCCAGGGGAAAUGUGGUGGCCUUCCAUUCUGAUUCAAGUCUCACUCUUCAGGGCUCUUCACGAGAAGGAAAAGAGACCAAAAGGACGGACAACAAGAACCCAGUUCUUUCUCAUCGUAAUGAUAACGAGUUUCGCUUACUACAUUCUUCCUGGCUAUCUCUUCAUGAUGCUGUCAACAUUCUCCUGGGUGUGUUGGCUUGCGCCCAAGUCAGUUCUGGUUCAGCAACUGGGUUCGGGCCACCAAGCUCUCGGCGUUGGAGCCAUUGGUCUUGACUGGGCCACAAUCUCGUCUUACCUCGGCAGCCCACUGGCCAGUCCCUGGUUCGCCACCCUCAAUAUCGCGAUAGGGUUCUUUCUGGUGAUGUACGUCAUGACUCCCAUCUGCUACUGGCUUAAUAUUUACGGUGCCAAGACCUUCCCCCUCUUCUCCAACUCACUCUUCAGAUCAGAUGGCUCCACAUAUGAUAUCUCCUCCAUUAUCGACUCCAAGUUUCAUCUGGACCGAGCGGCUUACUCCAGGAUAGGACCUGUCAAUAUGAGUACUUUUUUUGCUUUUACUUAUGGACUUGGCUUUGCUACCCUCCCUGCAACUAUUGUUCAUGUCUUGCUCUUUCAUGGAAGGGAUUUGCUAACGCAAGCGAAACGAGCCUUUGGAGGGAAGAAGAAGAUAGAUAUACACACAAAACUAAUGAAGGCUUACGAGAAAGUUCCAUUAUGGUGGUUUCUUGUGAUUCUUGUGAUCAAUAUAGCUCUUAUUAUAUUUUCCUGCCAGUACUACAAUUCUGCACUUCAGUUGCCAUGGUGGGGUGUUUUGUUAGCUUGUGCAAUUGCCAUGUUCUUCACUCUUCCCAUUGGAAUCAUCCAGGCUACCACUAAUCAGCAACCAGGAUUGAACAUCAUCACUGAAUACGUAAUUGGGUAUCUGUACCCAGAGCGACCUGUUGCUAAUAUGUGCUUUAAAGUGUAUGGAUAUAUCAGCAUGACUCAAGCUCUAACCUUCCUUGCUGACUUCAAGCUUGGCCACUACAUGAAGAUCCCACCAAGAGCCAUGUUCAUUGCUCAGGUCUCUUACUUUUUCGUUCUUCUCAAUUCUCUUCUCCCUCUUUCUUGUCAACCAGAAUAUUGCCUAAUACUAAAUCAUAUAUAUAUAUGGGUUGUGUUGCAGGUUGUAGGAACUAUUGUAUCAGUGAUUGUAUACACCUUAACAGCCUGGUGGCUAAUGGGAGACAUUCCAAAUCUCUGUGACACCACAAAGCUACCAGCCGGAAGCCAAUGGACUUGUCCAAUGGACAGAGUUUUCUUCGACGCAUCAGUCAUCUGGGGUCUCGUUGGACCUCGAAGAAUAUUUGGGGUUCUGGGCCAAUACGCCGGAAUCAAUUGGUUCUUCUUCGAUGGAGCCAUAGCUCCUUUCCUCGUCUGGCUAGCACAAAAAGUUUUCCCCCAACAAAAAUGGAUCUCUCUCAUCCACAUGCCUGUUAUUUUAGGUUCCACCGCCAUGAUGCCGCCGGCUGCCGCCGUUAACUUCACCAGCUGGAUCGUUAUUGCUUUCCUUUCUGGGUUUAUUGUGUUCCGCUACCGCCAAAAAUGGUGGGAACGAUAUAAUUAUAUUUUCGCCGGAGGACUCGACGCCGGGACGGCCUUCAUGACGGUUCUGCUGUUUUUGGGUCUGCAGUCUAGGAAUAUAUCUGUGAACUGGUGGGGAAAUAGUGGAGAAGGUUGUCCUUUGGCUUCUUGCCCUACUGCUAAAGGCGUCGUUGUUGAUGGCUGCCCUGUUGUCUGAUAAAACGCUUCGUUUCGGAUUUCGGAUACACAUUUUUCUUCAACCCUUUUUUCUGUAAAGCAGAUUUUUUUUGGGGAGGGAAUUCUUUAGGGUAUCUAUCAAUUUUUCUAUUAGGGUUUAUGAUUAGUUGUUGAUGUA